AUGGCACGAAUGAACCGCCCAGCUCCUGUGGAACUCACAUACAAGAACAUGAGAUUUCUUAUUACACACAAUCCAACCAAUGCAACUUUAAGCAAAUUUAUAGAGGAACUUAAGAAGUAUGGAGUUACCACAAUAGUAAGAGUAUGCGAAGCAAAUUAUGACACUGCUCUUGUGAAGAAAGAAGGCAUCCAUGUUCUUGAUUGGCCUUUUGAUGAUGGUGCACCACCAUCCAACCAGAUUGUUGAUGAUUGGUUAAGUCUUGUAAAAAUUAAGUUUCAUGAAGAACCUGGUUGUUGCAUUGCUGUUCAUUGUGUUGCAGGUCUUGGACAAAAGCGGCAUGGAGCUUUUAACAGCAAGCAACGUUUGUAUUUGGAGAAGUACCGUCCUAAAAUGCGGCUCCGCUUCAAAGACUCCAAUGGUCACAGAAACAACUGUUGCAUUCAAUAAAACUGGGGUGCCUGAGGCUAUUGCCUUGGAAGUGGAACUUGAGAGAGGAAGGAUCUAAUUUGUCAUACAUAUUAGCCAAUGUGUUGGUGAAUAAGUCUAAUGAAGCUUCCAUAGGA